CGUAUGCUUAAAACAAAAUGGCGAGAAUGAGAUGUACACAAACUAUAUGGAUUGGAUUCGUCGUGUUAAUGUUCCUACUGAACAUCAUCUUCAUCAUAGACCUCACCCUUCAUCACAGCUCCAAAGUACCAAUAAAGCUAGUACACGAGGGACCUUCUAAAUACAUAACGAUAAAACUAGUUUCAAGUCGUGAGAUGGCUCUAAUCUCUGUAGAUGGAGAAUCAGUGUAUACUGCUGAAGCUAAGAGAGGGAUGCAUAUCGUAGUGUUGAAUGAGAUGACAGGUUCUGUGAUGGCUUCAAGGGUAUUUGAUACAUACAUACCAGGUGGUGACGAUAAUUUACCCGCCUUCCUUGAAUCACUGGCUAAUGGCAGAAUAGUCUGUUUCACAAUAUUAGACGAAGGUACAUUUUCUUUAAAGGAUCAAGCUAAAGACGCAAUAGAGAAACUAGGAAGUAGAUUAGUCAAAUCAUUAAAAUGGAGGUACACAUGGGGCUUUGUAACAAUAAAAGGCGAUAGGACACUGGCUGAGGACAUUGGCCGGAGUGAUUCAUUGGGUACUUGGGGACCACAGCUGAACAUGCAUGUGAACGUACCUGUCUUUAACGGAGAGGGAACCCACUCAAUUAAGUGUAUGUGGCCUGACACUCCUGCUAAUAAAAGGAGGCGUGUCUUUUGUUCAAAGUACGAGGGAUACAAAGACUUGUGUCACUGCUCGAAACCUUCUUCAAUUAGUGAAGGAGUACCACUGGCUGGUAAUGAAGUUGCCAACCUACCAGUGACCAUUAUAGCUAGUAAUCGACCACAGUACCUCUACCGUAUGCUCAAUACCUUGCUAGCAACACCAGGAUCCAAUGCCUCACUGACUAACGUAUACAUUGAUGGGUUUUAUCAGGAACCUGCCGACGUUGCUAUAUUAUUCGGAGUGAGGUACUUUCAUCAUGAGCCGAUCAGUCAAAAGAAUGGACGAAUCGCCCAGCAUUAUAAGGCUUCAUUGAUGAAGACUUUUGAGACACACCCAGAGGCCAAGUUUACUAUAAUUUUGGAAGAAGAUUUGGAUGUUGCUCCAGACUUCUUCAUGUACUUUAGUGAGACUAAACACCUGCUAGAAGAGGACCCUUCUUUAUACUGUAUAUCUGCCUGGAAUGAUCAGGGAUAUGUUCACUCAUGCAAUGAUCCUGCCAUGCUCUACCGGAUAGAGACAAUGCCUGGACUGGGAUGGUUGUUAAGUCGUAAAUUAUUCAAGGAAGAGUUGGAGCCACAAUGGCCGUCCCCUGACAAGUUAUGGGACUGGGACAUGUGGAUGAGAACCGACUUUAUAAGAAAAGACAGAGAGUGCGUGAUACCUGAUGUAUCAAGGACCUAUCAUUUCGGAGCUUCGGGUCUAAACAUGAAUCCAUACUUCCAGACAACUUAUUUUCAGAAACAUGCUAUUAAUACACUGGAGAAUGUUGUGUUGAGAAAUGUGAACAGAUUAAAGAAAGACAAUUAUGAGGAAGAUGUGAAGAAAUUAAUGGAAUCAGCCAUACCUCUGGAUCAUUCAAAGGAUCCCUGCAAGAAAGACUUUGUACCCGACACUGAGGGUAAGGUCUACGUGAUGUACAUGUCAAUGAUAAAGAGGAAUGAUUAUGACACUUGGAUGUACUUAGCUAAAUGCUUCAAGCUAUGGGAUCUUGACGCCAGAGGGUUUCAUAAAGGACUCUGGAGAAUUUGGCUCAAGAAAAACCAAAUCCUCGUAGUAGGCGUGCCCUUUUCAGCAUAUAGCAAAUUCAAACCUCAUAAUGUUGUACCGAUUAAAAAAGAAAAGAAGAAGGAUAGAUAGUAUUUAACUGACUAUUUUUUUUAAUUUUUGAUCAUCACAAAUAAUGGUGUCCUCUUUAUAUAUGUAUAAACCAAUUGGUCCCUCGUGGCAUACGACCAA